AUGGAUCUCAUUGGUCCAAUCAAGCCAACAGCAUCCAACGGGCACGGAUUCGUUCUUGUCACAAUUGACUAUUUCACCAAGUGGGUUGAGGCCACCUCCCACAAAUCAGUCACAAAGAAAGUUAUGGAUGACUUCGUCAAAAAUAACAUAAUUUGUAGGUUCGGAAUUCCUGAGUCAAUCAUCACCGACAAUGGAACCAACCUUAACAGUGACCUAAUGAGAUCAAUGUGUGAGAAGUUCAAGAUCAGUCAUCGAUACUCUACAGCAUACAGGCCACAGAUGAACGGGGCUGUUGAGGCAGCAAACAAAAACAUCAAAAGGAUAUUGCGCAAGAUGAUUGAUAACCACAAACACUGGCAGGAAAAGCUACCUUUCGCGUUGUUGGGGUAUCGUACCACAAUCAGAACUUCCACAUGGGCCACACCUUACUUCUUAGUAUACUACACUGAAGUUGUGAUACCCGCCGAAGUAGAGAUACCUUCCCUAAGGAUCAUCCAAGAAGCAAAGCUGAGUGACGCUGACUGGAUACAAGGUCAGGCAGAGAAUUUGGCAUUAACAGAUGGAAGAAGAAUUAACGCCACUUGUCAUGGUCAGCUCUACCAGUAUAGUUUGGCCAAAGCUUUCAACAAGAAGGUUAAACCCAGACAUUUCUUACCUGAGCAACUAGUUUUGAAGCGGAUUUUCCCAAAUCACGACGAAGCAAAGGUAAAUUUUCACCAAACUGGCAAGGUCCGUACAUAG